UAUCUAGUUUGGGGCUAAUUUGGAUCGUCCGAGAUCUGUCUUGUGAAAAAAAAGUUGCAAAAUCGAGAAAGGCUUUCUGCUGAGGAGUAUGACUUACAAUGGAAGGAUAGAGAGACAAUUGUUACAUUACGGAUUACAAUUCUCCGUUUCUCUACCUCCUUCUCUCCCUGGAUCUAAUCGCGGUUGUUCGCAAAUUCACAGCUAUAGGGAGGUAUAGCUAACCCACACACAAAUUUCAGAUUUUUUUCCUUUUUCUGUUUACUCAUCGGGAUCGAUGGCGUCGGAGCAAUUGAUGUCCGGUGGAGGAGGAGGAGGAGGUCAUCGUUACCUCCCAAUGCAGAGGGAGCCAUUGGCGUCGAUGACAUCUUCUAUCUUCUCCAAUUCAUUGGAAGACCUGGGGUCGACUCCAAUUUUCGAUGAGUUGCCCAAUGCCGACAUCGUCUUCGUUUCUCGCCCUGACGCUGCCGAUAUCAGUCCUGCCCUCCUAUCCUACACUAUCGAGUUCCAAUACAAACAGUUCAAAUGGCAGAUGGAGAAGAAAGCCGCACAAGUAUUUUUUUUACAUUUUGCUUUGAAGAAACGCACAUUCAUGGAGGAAAUUCAGGAGAAGCAGGAACAAGUCAAAGAAUGGCUUCAGAGCCUAGGGAUAGGAGAUCACCCCACGGUUGAACAUGAAGAUGAUGAACCUGAUGAUGAGGUGGUUCCUGUUCAUCAUGAGGAAAGCACUAGAAACAGAGAUGUACCAUCUAGUGCUGCACUGCCAAUUAUCCGCCCAGCUCUUGGAAGACAGCAUUCUAUGUCAGAUCAGGCUAAGGUUGCUAUGCAGGGGUAUUUGAAUCACUUCCUUGGGAAUUUAGAUAUCGUGAACUCUCCUGAGGUUUGCAGAUUUUUGGAAGUUUCUAAGUUAUCAUUCUCUCCUGAGUAUGGGCCUAAGUUAAAAGAAGACUAUGUUAUGGUGAAGCAUUUGACCAAAAUCUUAGAUGAUGAUGACCAACAAGGGUGUUGUGCAUGUGAUUGGCUUGGCUGUUGUAAUGACAAUUGGCAAAAGGUCUGGGCUGUACUUAAACCUGGGUUUCUUGCUCUACUAAAAGAUCCUUUUGAUUCCAGGCUUUUAGACAUAAUAGUCUUUGAUGUACUACCAAGUUCAGAUGGAAAUGGUGAGGGGAGAGUGUCAUUGGCUGAAGAAACAAAAGAGCGUAAUCCUCUGCGGCAUUCAUUUACGGUGUCGGGUGGUAACCAGAGCAUAAGUUUGAGAUGUAAGAGUCAAAAUAGAGUCAAAGAUUGGGUUGCUGCAAUUAAUGAUGCCGGUCUUCGGCCACCUGAAGGCUGGUGUCAUCCACACAGAUUUGGCUCCUUUGCUCCUCCUCGGGGAUUGACUGAAGACGAUAGUAAAGCUCAAUGGUUUGUUGAUGGUCAGGCAGCAUUUGAUGCCAUUGCUCUGGCAAUUGAAGGAGCAAAGUCAGAGAUAUUUAUUUGUGGAUGGUGGCUGUGCCCAGAGUUGUACCUUAGACGUCCUUUUCAUGCUCAUGCAUCAUCUCGUCUUGAUGCCUUGCUGGAAGCAAAAGCCAGGCAAGGAGUUCAGAUUUACAUCCUUCUGUACAAAGAAGUUGCUAUAGCUCUGAAAAUUAACAGCGUUUAUAGUAAGAAAAAGCUUCUUGGCAUUCACGAAAAUAUCAGAGUGCUGCGCUAUCCAGACCAUUUCUCUAGUGGUGUCUAUCUGUGGUCCCACCAUGAAAAACUUGUCAUUAUUGAUCACCAUAUUUGUUUUAUUGGUGGACUGGAUCUGUGCUUUGGCCGUUAUGACUCCCCUGAGCACAAAGUGGGAGACCAACCCCCGACGAUAUGGCCAGGGAAAGACUAUUAUAAUCCAAGGGAAUCCGAGCCUAAUUCUUGGGAUGAUACAAUGAAAGAUGAGUUGGAUCGAAAAAAAUAUCCGCGUAUGCCAUGGCAUGAUGUGCAUUGUGCCCUUUGGGGACCACCAUGUCGUGACAUUGCUAGACACUUUGUACAACGCUGGAAUUAUGCUAAGCGUAGUAAAGCUCCAAAUGAGCAAGCAAUUCCACUACUUAUUCCUCAGCACCAUAUGGUUAUUCCUCAUUAUAUGGGUGGAAGUGAAGUGAUGAAGGCCCCUAUUGAUAUAGAAAACAAUUUUGAAGGAUUCAAGAGACAGGAUUCAUUUUCCUCCCGAUCAGAAGAUCAAGAUAUUCCUCUGCUCAUGCCUCAAGAAGCUGAUGUCCAAGAUACGUCCAAGUCAGAUUGUAAGGUGAUGAUUGGUAAACAUGAUCAGCAGAGCAGAGGCAGCAGAACUCAUUUUACUUUCAGGAAGUCCAAAGUUGAACCUUUGGCAUCAAACAUGCCACUUAAAGAUUUUGUGAAUGACCUCGAUAAUUUGAAGCAUCAGCAUGAUUGGUCAUCAGAAAUCUUGUUGCCUGGGUUGAGGGCUUCUGAAAAAGAAUGGUGGGAAACUCAGGACCGUGGGGAUCAGGUAGUUUCUCCUGAUGAAAUUGGGCAAGUUGGUCCACGGGUUUCGUGUCGUUGUCAGGCAAUAAGGAGUGUCAGUCAGUGGUCUGCUGGAACAAGUCAGGUUGAAGACAGUAUUCACAAUGCUUAUUGUUCUCUAAUCGAGAGGGCAGAGCACUUCAUCUAUUUUGAGAAUCAGUUCUUCAUCUCAGGUCUUUCAGGGGAUGACACAAUACGGAACCGUGUAUUAGAAGCAUUAUAUAAGCGUAUAUUGAAGGCGCAUAAUGAGAAAAAAUGUUUCAGAGUUAUAAUUGUCAUACCACUUCUUCCUGGCUUCCAGGGCGGUCUGGAUGAUGGCGGUGCAGCUGCCGUAAGAACCAUAAUGCAUUGGCAAUAUCGAACAAUAUGCAGAGGAAAUAAUUCAAUACUACAUAAUCUUGGUCACCUCCUUGGCCCCAAAAUGCACGAUUACAUCUCAUUCUAUGGCCUUAGAUCUUAUGGAAGACUUUUUGAGAACGGUCCCCUAGCCACUAGUCAGGUAUAUGUGCAUAGUAAGAUAAUGAUAAUUGAUGAUCGUGUAGCUCUUAUUGGGUCUGCAAAUAUAAAUGACAGGAGCCUGCUGGGCUCAAGAGAUUCCGAGAUUGGUGUCGUUAUUGAAGACAGAGAAUUAGUUGAUUCAUCUAUGGGAGGGAAGCCAUGGAAGGCAGGGAAAUUUUCUUCAAGUCUUCGUCUUUCACUAUGGUCAGAACACCUUGGCCUUCGUCCUGGAGAGAUUAGUACGAUAAAUGAUCCAGUGAUCGAUUCAACUUACAAAGAUAUAUGGAUGGCAACUGCAAAGACAAAUACCAUGAUCUACCAAGAUGUAUUUUCUUGCCUCCCAAAUGAUCUAAUUCAUUCAAGAGUGGCCCUGAGACAAAGUACGGUUUAUUGGAAGGAAAAGCUUGGGCAAACAACAACAACCGAUUUAGGAAUAGCUCCUAUGCAGUUAGAAUCUUACCAAGACGGAUUUGUAAAGGGUACAAAUCCAAUGGAAAGAUUAGAAUCAAUCAAGGGGCACCUCGUUUCGUUUCCCUUGGAUUUCAUGAGCAAGGAAGACUUGAGGCCCGCCUUCAGUGAAAGCGAGUAUUAUGCAUCUCAGGUUUUCCAUUAACUAAUUUACAAGUCAAGUCGAAAAUCACACAUUUACCAGAAUGAAUGAGAAUACGCUGCUUUCUUCAUCAUCAUCAUCGUAAGAUAGAAUAAAAGCAAGCCCGAUCAAACCGACAAGGAACCUUUGCUGCUGUCCUCAUUGUAGCAACUUGUUGUAGGAAAAACCCGUCAAACAGCAAUUAAGUAAAUAUUAUUGUUAAUUCUGGGCGGCAGUUUAGGAGGCAAUUUUCAUAAUUUCAUAUCAUAUCUUGUUGUAUAACCAACCUCCCCCUCCCUCGAUCUACCUAUAUAUUAUGGAAAAUCAUUCUACUUGUAAUUUAUAUAUAUAUAUAUAUACACUCACAACACAUUCAUUUAUUUGUUGACCA